AUGUAUCCCAUCUUCUCCGCAUUCUUGCUCUCUUUGAGCUCUCUUUCUGGAACAUUAGCUUAUCAAUGGCCUAAAUCAUUCCUGUCUUCCAUCAAUCCCUUAAUUGGUAGUGCUGGUCCAGAACCAAAUCUCUCUGGAGGUAUGAUACCCUCCGUGGCUCCGCCCUUCGGGUCCACAAGAUGGGUAGCCCAGAACCAAGAGAGCUAUGUCUCAGCAACUCCGUUCAACUAUACAGAAUCAUACAUGAACAAUGGUACCAUUCAUGGAUUCAUGGGUACCCGUCAACCAGCUAUUUGGAUGGGUGAAAGUGCUUGGGCGGCAGUAGUUCCUGGAAUAUCUUCUGGUUCGGAUGGGGAUAUUCUUACUGGAUUUGAAGAGAGGGCCAUGCCGAAGAUUGCAGGGACUGAAAAGUUUGGUGUUGGUCUGUAUAGUGUUGAACUUGUUAUACCUGAAUCCGGAGGCAGUACAGUAGAGGUUUUGAUGAGCGCAAGCUCUCGAGUGGGACAUCUCCAAUUCACAUUCAAACAAGGCUCCGAAUCCCAAUUCCAGCCAUACAUCUUCUUACCUACCACGCGUCCAUCAACGAUCUUCCAUAACCCCAACACCUUUGAGAUCACUUACCCAAAUGGCACCGUCCAAAUCUCACCAUCCACAAGCGAAAUUUGUGGUAGCAAUACCGAGAUGCAGGACUUCAUUCUCGCACCAAAUAGUAUCAAAGAUGCUGCUAGCCAUUUCACUGGAUGGUAUUGCGCCACGUUUGAUACCUCGUUCAACGAUACCGGGUAUGGAAUCACGGUCGGUAGUGGUGAUUCUACUAUGAGAACCGAACGGGCAGAGUCAGGGAGCGGAGAAGAGCUAGGAGCCUAUGCCAGAUUUCAAUUUCCUUCUAACGGUACCGAGAGCAACUCCAUGACAGUCAACGUUCGCAUUGCUACCUCCUUGAUUUCUGCAGACCAAGCGAGGUACCAUCUCAAUGCUGACUCCGAGAACAAAAUAGGGUCUUUCAACAUUCAGGACACGCAGUCGAAUACGGAAAACGCAUGGGCGGAGAAGGUUGGGCGAUUUCACGUGGAGACGGAUGGUUCAUCUGAAAGUGAGGAGAAGUUGGCUGUUUUCAUGACAGGAGUAUUUCAUGCUAUGCAGUAUCCGUACGAAGUUCAUGAACCAAUCCCUACCACUCCAAAUUCCCAGCAAUACUAUUCCGCCUACGACAACACAAUUCACGAAGGAGAAUCGUAUAGUGGCUAUUCCAUUUGGGAUACCUAUCGGGCUGAAUGGGCACUUCUCAUUUUACUUGCUCCUGAACGUAUCCCUGGAAUGAUUCGAAGCAUGCUGCAAGAUUUUGAAGAGGGUGGGUGGUUACCAAUGUGGAAGAAUAUGAUCGAAACCAACAUCAUGGUGGGGACACAUGCCGACUCCCUUCUUGCCGAGGCAGUCUUGAAGGGAUUCGGGGCGGGCUCUGCAGAAGAGAAUGGAAUACAAACGACUUUCACGACAGAUGAGCUUACGACUAUGUGGAAAGCUGCUUGGAAAGACGCUUCUGUGCCUCCGGUAGGUGACUCGAAUGUUGUUUACUCUGAUCGGGAGGAGGACGUUGACUAUGAAGUACGCGCGGGACUUUCGACGUUCUUUGAACAAUACUCCGCAGGCUAUGGGUGGGUUGCGAACGAUAUUCAUUCGGAGAGUGUUAGUAGGACGUUGGAUUAUGCUUAUGAUGAUCAUGCAGUUGCACUCUUAUCAACCCUGAUUCCUGUAGAAAUUGUUCAAGGAAAUACACCCAACUUGGAUGAGAUUGCAGCGGGAUUUUACAACAGUAGCAGCGCGAAUACCAAUUAUAACGUUACCUCACUUUUGAACGAUCGUUCAUUGGCUAAUCCAUGGACUGUCUGGAACGACACGGCUUCAGCUCCGGCUCUAGUCACUGGAGGAGAGGAUGUCAAGGGAUUCGUGCAAGCUAGACAACAGAAUGGGGACUGGGCAGCUACAACGGACGGCUUCACGGAAGGAGACCGCUGGGUUUACUCUUUCGCCUUUGUGCAUGAUGUUGCUGAGCUAGUUGAACGACGGGGAGGUAAUGAGAGCUUUGUAAAAAGCUUGAAUGAGUUUUACGAUGGUGGUUGGGUUGAUUUCACGAACGAACCGGCUCACCAUACACCUUAUCUCUACGCGUUGGCUGGCGCAGCUUCAUAUACUCAGGAACGUGUUCGAGAGAUUGCAAAAAGUAAUUAUAAUAAUACACCUAACGGCUUGAGUGGAAAUGAAGAUUGUGGCCAGAUGAGUGCUUGGUACGUUUUUAGCGCCAUGGGCUUCUAUCCAGUCAAUCCUGUUUCGGGCGUCUACGUUGUUGGCUCUCCAUUCUUUUCCUCGCUCAACGUUAGCAUACCCGUGCCUCCGUUCAUCCCGCCAUCCCACCCAUCAAUCACAUCCAACUCGUUCUACAAUUCCACGACAAACAGCUAUGAUCUGCGAAUCCUCGCUCCUGGCGCCGAAUCCAAACCAUACGUCAAGAAUUUGAAAGUCAAUGGUAGAGUGAUUGGAGAUAAGGAAGAACCACUUAUCUCUCAUGAGGAAAUCCGGUUUGGAGGCUUGAUUGAAUUCGAGAUGAGUGAUAAGGCGGAGAGAUGGGGAGGUGGGAGAGGAGCAUGGACUGAGAUCACAUCGGAUGCGAGGAGGAGUCCAGGAGCUGCAUUCAAUGACCAAAGUCGCUCUAGUAUUGUGAGUGUAGAGCAUGUUACGAGUCCGAAAUGA